GAAAGGUUGAAAUGAUCAACAGAUUGCUAAAAUUACUUACAUCUAUUGCUUGAAAUUGGAAUACCGCAUUUAUAGUUUGACUAAUCUUUUGCAAUAACAUUUAAAUGCUUAUAAUAUUUCUUUCAUGCUAAGUCUUCAAGGGAACAACGUCAAUGGUUUCUACUGGAGUAAAUCGAGCAAUUUAUAGCUCCGAGACGCGAGCGUUACUCAAGAAGGAAGGCUUGCAGUGUGUAUGUGAACUAUGUGAUUGUGGUCGCUACCAUCCACAUGAAAAAUGCACAAAAAGAAAGGAAAACACAAAAGCUCCUCCAACAAGACCAGGUCUGAAGGAUUGUUCGACAGAUUAUCGGGCGUCUUACAAAAUUCCACCAUCCAACAUUUUUCGCAAGAUAAGACGUCCGUUGCCAAGGUUACGAAAUCCUAACCCUCCACCGAUGGAUUUCCGAACAAUGACGAACACGGAAUAUGUGAAACAUGAUGACUUUGAAGGCCCUCCUAAGCCAUUCAAGCUUGAAGAAAAUUAUCAAGGAUUUUUCAAUGGCGAUUUUGAUGGCAAGACUUCUUACGGUGUUGCAUUCACCAACAGUAACCAACCACAUCAAGUCAAGUUAACGAAAAUUUCAACGAAAGUCGAGCAACAACCAAAACCAAAGUUCUGCGAUGAAACAACGCACAAUGUUGCAUUUCAAGCCAAGAAUACUGAGCAUAUUAUAGGUUAUUCUGAAUUACCAUCUUUAAUGGGUUCCAUACUUUAUCCUGACUCAAAGACAGAAAACCUCUGUUCAGUAAAUCAAGAAUCAUAUAAAGGUAAAUUUGCGCCCAAAGGUCAGUUCUGCGGUCCUCGUGAAGCAGCCAUUACCCUGGGAAUGGAGGGUGAUUAUCAACAUGAAACAGUGCAUCAAGCGACGUACAAGAAACACAACGACACGCAUAAACGUUCGGCCAAAGUAAAAAGAGAGACGGCUAAGGAAUCACAACAUAUGAAAUUUGACGCAAAAACGCAAGCUCAAAGAGAUUUUCCAAGUUAUGAAAAAGGUGAUUUUCCAGCACCAACUAAACCAUGUCCUCCUUAUCCAGCAACAAUUGAUCUGAGCAUGAACAACUCUAGAGAUUUCACGACCACCAACAAUGAGCAAUACAAAGGGCAAUGGGACGUUAAUACAGUAAAAGUAAAAGCUCAGAAAGAGCGCUACUCGCCACCGAAAGAAAAAUUCCACACUACAACACAAACUAUGGCAGAUUUUCAACCAAAAGAUAUCUCAGUGAUUCGCUUAACCAAACCUGCACAGUCUGUGCCGAAAAGCAAAAUCAAGUUAAGUGACGAAACGUCUUAUAAAAAGGAAUUUCCACGAUACAAAACAACGGGCUUCAUCAAGAAAUAUGGAGAUUUCCAUGAACAAAAAUUCUAUCUUAAGCCAAUACAGAAGUUUCAAGGUGAUUCAGUCACGACAAAAGAUUUCAUACAACACGAAGCCAUUCGUCCACGUACCAAUUUUAAACCUAAAAUAGAAGUGAAAAAAUCCCAAGGGGAGAUCGCCAAGGAAAGUGUCUAUCGCUCAACAUACAAACAAAAAGAACCACACGAAUGUGCUUACAUAAAGUAUUUAAAAGAACGCAAAAAGCCUCUUUCAGCAUCAUAGAGUUUUUAACUUGAGGAAACGGUUUCAAAAACAUUCUCUUCUCCAAAGGAUAAAAUAGUUCGACUGAUCAUAGUUUGGUGUUAAAAUAUCCUCAAAUUUUUUGUAUUAAAUAAAAUGUUGCUGAAAUAUUUUUUCAUGAAGUAGCUACAACAUUGAGGUAUUAAGAAAGGAACUGUCUUAUUUUGACGAGUCCCGUUUGCUGAAAAUGAAAGAAAGUUUUCUUUUGUCUUUGUAAAUAAUCAAUUGCAAUAGUUGCUUGGUGUUAUUCUAUGAAAAAACUAUUGAAAAUCCACGAAA